AUGGAUGUUCGUUUGUUUUUUCCAAUACGGUGGGCAUACGCGUACGUAAAGAAGUACGAUCCUAGUCAGGGGUCUUCGGUUUAGUUUCACUUUGAGAGAAGAUGAACUGCACUUAAAACUACUCUGGGUCCGCCCUGGCGGCCAUCUUAUAUGCAGGAACUAGACCUACUCCUAGUCCUACCCUGUCGUAGUGUUCGAGCUCCGGCUCACCUUUUCGACGAUAUUUUUGCAGGUGUUUGUUGCAAUAAUAGAGAGCGUUUUCAUCAUCUCGAUCGAGGUGGUGUCCCCCACUUGAAGUUUUUUUUGUCAGUUUUGAGCGACAAAAAUACCACCGAUAGUAAAAACUGCGUCUAGAAUAGAUUAUACCAUCUACUGCGACAAAGAAUGACUCGCAUCGACCGGUACCCCUUGCUGCCGGGCGUUUUCGCGUCGGUGUACCCGAAUCCAAAAUCCGAAACCGCCCACGAUACGAGCAAAUCUGACCCCGCGCCACCGCCGAACGCGAAGUGCAGUGCAGCCGAUGUCGCGGCGAUGGUGGCUAAGCUGGAGCACGCGGCGCCAGGUAGUCUACUUUGUUGAGAUUGAUGUUACCAUGCUGCAUGACAGACCAAUGUUUCUGAUGUAGAACAUCUACUGCUUUUGGUCAUCAAGAUCAAGACCAACAUCUUCAGUUGUAACAUUUUAUCAAACUUCAACAGGACCGCAGUACGAGGCCAACCUUUCGUUGUUGAAGCGGUGUGUCUGGCUUCAGAGCAAAUCAAGCGACGAGGGCUGGGUGCAGUUGCGUGCGGAGCUGGGGCCGAAGGGGACGGACUUUAUGUCGCUGAACCGAAAGGAUCCCCGGGUGGAUUUGCUUACCUACGGAAAGCCGCCAAAUACGUUGUCGAAAUUCGGGUUGUGAUUUUUUACCAAUCCUGAUAGAUUUGGUGUCGUUUCAUCUCCUCGCGUGAAGACAUCAGCCGCGCUUCGGUCUUGUUUGGGAUUCAGAUGAAAAGACGGCAUCAUCGUACUUUUCAAGCGAAAUAUUAGGGAAUCCUGACGGAAGAAAUAGAAACGCGAC